GCAUCAUUUCUAGGAAUUUUGAGUUGGAAAUUUUUCCUAACUGAGCAGUCGAUGCAACGAUGGACCCUUGCUGCUGAAGAGAUCUUGUUUACAAACAAGGUUUUCUCGAAAUUCUUUUCAGUCGGCCGUUGUAUACCAGUCAUCCGAGGCCAAGGAGUCUAUCAGAAGGCUAUUGAUCGUUGCCUUGAGGUGCUCAACAAUUGCGGAUGGGUUCACAUAUUUCCUGAGGGCAAAGUAAACGUUUCCGAAUCAGCACUCCGCCUUAAGUGGGGUUUGUACAUUUACAUGCAAGCAUUUACGCUGGAAGUAACAAGAAAGGAUAGAAAAACAAAUGAAUGA